AUGGAGCCACGCCGUCUCGGUAAGUCGCCAAGCAAAGAGCAAUUCACUUGCUGCAAUCAGAAGCUGGCUAAAUCUUCACCCGCAUCAACCAAAUAUAAGAAGAAUAACCGCCGAAAACGACCCUUAACAAGCAAGGCCUGGCUUAGAACAACAAACGGCAAGGCAACAACAUUACAGCCAUUUGAAGUGGACAACAAUAUUGCUCAAAGGUUGGUCACAGAAGCCACAUGA